GAUACCCCGAAGAAAGCUGGGGCAGCAAGUUACUCUGGCUCAAAGUAUUCUCAAGUACGUAACCAAAUACUUCAUGUUAGUCUGCAUAUUUGUUAAACUCAAUUUUUUUAAAAGUUUGUUACGGUAGUUUUUAUUUUUGAAAGUUGUUUACGACCAUAUACUGUAAGCAAAACUCGUUUCUGUUUGUUUGUUUGUUUGUUUGUUUGUUUGUUCGCGCUACGAACGCGUGCUACAGUAGUCCUACAAACGUUUCAUGUGAUUGAGGUUUGAAUUCAAAAUUCCAUUAAUUUCUGAAACCGGGAUCAUAUACCCAGGUCCCACAACUACAAAACGGCCAGAGGCUGUAGUUGUUAUAUCGUGCGCAGUGUUCGGAUUGAAUAUUCGUGCGUGAAACUGAAUGUUAUCCGAAUGUACGCAGAAUUAUUGAUUACGUCAUUUGAAAAGAUGUAAAACGAUGUGAUUGUGAAGUGGCCUUAGUUUAUCUCUUGUUGUAAACGUUUCCUAUGGGUAUAUGCGUUCACUAAGUUGAAAUAUUUAAGAAGGCAAAAGAGAUCUUAGACGUCAGUUCCUGUCUCUUUCUAUUGUUUUUGCGCGGUUAACACGAAGCUGGCAAGGAGUGUGCCGAAAUUUCGUAUUUUGACGUCGAUUUAAAGAAUAACACUAUAGUUUUAUCAAUUGAUAACUUGUUUAGCGAUACGGUCCGUUAGAAAAAACUAGACUGAGCUGGGAAAAUGGUAUUAAAAUUCCACCAACACAGAAAAAAUCAAGGUAUUAAAACUGUUUACGAGCUACGACCUUCAUAGAUAUUGGACGUCAAUUUCCGCCAUCUUGGCUUCACUUUUCUCAUUGACCGAAUGAUUCAAGCUGGAGUAAUACGAGCAACAAAAUUGCUGCAACUUGCAACAAAAUCUGAUUUCAACGCAUGUUAAGUAGAAAUAUUGAAACAUGUUGUCUCGCGAUUUGUAAUUUAUGUUAGACAUUUUCAAUGGACCAUUUGCAUUUUGAUCUAGACAAAAAUUUCAUCACAUCUUGAAAGAGCAUCACAAAAUUAGUAAUAUUCCAAAGUUUCGUUGCGAAAUGUUGUAAAAUACGGAUAAUAUAGCCAUGCGAAGUUUGCAAUUUUCAGUCAUUUUGUAUUACAAACGGGAAAUUGAUGCCCCAACACCCGGUUGGGCUGUCAAUUUCCCGUGCGCAAUACAAAAUGACUGAAAAACGGCAAAUUUCGCAUGGCUAUAUUAUCCGCAUUUUACAACAUUUCGUAACGAAACUUUGGAAUGUUACUAAUUUUGUGAUACUCUUUCAAGCUGUGAUGAAAUUUUUGUCUAGAUCAAAAUUUAGUCUAUAAUGCAAAUGGUCCAUUAACAUGCAUAGAAAUCAGAUUUUGUUGCAAGUUGCAGCAAUUUUGUUGCCGGUAUUACUCCACCUUCAAGUUCUUGCUCCAGAUAUAUAGAGAGCUCACACUGAUUCCCGCUUGAUAAUGACGACAUUUUCUUUAGGCUGCUCCGAUGUUCUGCGACAUGAUGGAUGAAAAUAGUGUGGAUUAUGUGAAGAAGUUUCGUGAUUUGGCGAAGAAAAUGGGAAAUGAUCAAGAAUCCAGUUCUUCAGAUAAUGUUGACUGUGGACCUUCAAUUAGUUUUAAAUCACUUCUAUCAGAAGCUUCGAAGUAAGUCUGCGUUUUCCAUCUUCAGAUAAUGUUGACUGUGGGCUUUCAAUUAGUUUUAAAUCACUUCUAUCAGAAGCUUCGAAGUAAGUCUGCGUUUUCCAUCUUCAGAUAAUGUUGACUGUGGACUUUCAAUUAGUUUUAAAUCACUUCUAUCAGAAGCUUCGAAGUAAGUCUGCGUUUUCCAUCUUCAGAUAAUGUUGACUGUGCGGACUUUCAAUUAGUUUUAAAUCACUUCUAUCAGAAGCUUCGAAGUAAGUCUGCGUUUUCCAUCUUCAGAUAAUGUUGACUGUGGACCUUCAAUUAGUUUUAAAUCACUUCUAUCAGAAGCUUCGAAGUAAGUCUACGUUUUCCAUCUUCAGAUAACGUUGACUGUGCGCGGCUUUCAAUUAGUUUUAAAUCACUUCUAUCAGAAGCUUCGAAGUAAGUCUGCGUUUUCCAUCUUCAGAUAACGUUGACUGUGCGCGGCUUUCAAUUAGUUUUAAAUCACUUCUAUCAGAAGCUUCGAAGUAAGUCUGCGUUUUCCAUCUUCAGAUAACGUUGACUGUGCGCGGCUUUCAAUUAGUUUUAAAUCACUUCUAUCAGAAGCUUCGAAGUAAGUCUGCGUUUUCCAUAUUCAGAUAACGUUGACUGUGCGCGGCUUUCAAUUAGUUUUAAAUCACUUCUAUCAGAAGCUUCGAAGUAAGUCCGCGUUUUCCGCACAUAAGAUCCGAGGAAUAGACCGGGAAACCAAUUUAUAUACGAUGACCCACUGGACAACGCAAGUCGUUGGCGAGCCAAUUAAUUUUAUUAAAAACAUCAUUUGCAUUGCGAAUUGUAAAAAUUGUCCCUUGGGACGUCGCAUUAAGUGUUUUUCUGCGUUUGACGUCAUUAUAAGAAAGGUGUAUUCGAAACCACGCUCGCACGAUGUUCCCUUUGACACAACACACGUGGAUGCGGAUGAAUGUGAAUUCCUGUUGUCGCAUUUUAACAUCUCACCUUAUGCAGUGCCCCAAAGUUGUGUGUCGAUACCAAAGUGGUCAAUUAUCCGGACUCCGUUUCUCGUGGAGUACGCGUGACACUACACCUACCCGUAGACUAAAAUAUUACUGUUCAUACUGGAUGUUGACGUCUUUGUAUCCCGCACUCCUCCGUACAAUAUUGGUUUUCACAUUGCCUUUCACAACUUAGAAGCUUUCAACAUAGAAAGGCGUGAGGGUGUAGCUGGAAAUUGCUGCUCGGCAAAACAUGAAUUCUUAUUUACGCACGCACUGUCCACAUAAUUUUUGCCAGGAUUGUAGCUUUUGUUACCUUGUUUAUAAGAACGGUUUGUAUGGUUCCCAUUAUAAUUAUUGCUCUUCGUAUUUAGAGAACUCUGUUGUCACAGUGUAAAAUUAGUUGUAAUUAAUGUGUGGAGUUUGUCUUGUUGGGACUUCGAGUCUGUUUGCCAAUCCCUUAUCUAACUCGCCUUGUGCUGUUUGUAAUGUCUUUUGUUUUUACGUAGUUUUGUAAAUUUUAGUGAGUUCGAUUAAAGCUUAUUAUUAUUAUUAUUAUUAUUAUUUCAGCGAUUAA